GCAACCUUGACUUCCCAACAAAACUCUCUCAACAUUAGACAUGACAGAACAGCUGGGUUUAUUGGUGUGGAUAUUACUGUGUGAUUGGUUCAAGGGGUCGUUUCUUCAGUUUAUCCAAGUGGUCCUGGAGCACGCUCUAUGGCGCCCCCCAAGCCGCAAAUAAUCCGUGCCGCCGAGAUCGUGGACGACCCGGAUCUAGUCGCACCGCUGCCCUACCUCAACUUCCUCCGUUACCUGAAGCGAAAAUUCGUUCGCAGUUCUGAUUUGCGCCGCUUACUCCAGGUGGGCCUCGUCCAUUGGAACACACUGAGCGAUGCCAAAAAGAGGUUGUUUGAGCCAGACCGCAUUCUAGCCCGUGUGGCUCGCAGGCGAAGGACCACUCGGCAGCGCCGAUUGCUGCGCCGUAGUCGGAAAGGCCAAAAAGGGGAUACUGCGGUGCGACGGCCGAUCUACGAUAAGCGUCCUCCGACGCGCCGCCGGCGACCCAAGUAGAGGAGAGUCUAUUGCCUCUGUGAUAUAAAGCACUGAAAAUUGUUGCGUUCGCUUACCCGAAACCUAUCCAGAAACAUUGUCAAAUUCACCAAAUGCUUAACAGUUGUUCUUCUCCUUCCAGUCCAUGCUAAUAUGUUCUCCUCUCCGAUGAUUUAUUGACCUAGUGACUUUCUAACUAUUAAUAAGCUGGUCAUUCAAAAAUAACUCGGAGAGGUCGACCAAGAAUCCUACUAACCUCCCUGGAAACCAUCUUGCUUCGAUAGAUUUUCUCGCGGAAUCAAAAUUUUGUCGCAUUUUGGCCCGGUGAAGAGCAGCAUUUCAGUCGCGUUUUCCUAAGACGUGAACGCCAAGCUCUUUUUGCUAACCGGUCUUACCAUUUGCUGUUGUCAAUUUGGUCGAAGGAUUCUCUAAGUAUUGUGGUUUUGACAGUUAUAUAAAUGUAAAGAUUAAUUUCAAAUACAAGUUUUUUCCGUAUUAA